AUGGGUUGUGGAGAACUACUAUCUGUUCCACUUGUAUUCUUAUCAUUAUUUUCCAAUGAAAAUGUUCCUUUUUAUAAAACAGAGAAUGCAACCUCUAGUGAUGAUGUCAAUGAUGGGAAAUGUGAAUUAAUUGGAACAUUUUCUUUAAUGACUCAAGCCAUAUUAGGAAUGUUAUGUCUUUCUUCAUUAUUAAUCAAACGAUUUUAUGAAUAUCCAAUACGACGAACUUGGCCAGUUUGGAUAUUUGAUGUAUCGAAACAAUUGAUUGGGGCAUUAGGAGUCCAUAUUUUCAAUGUUAUUUUAUCAAUGGUUAAAACUGCUCCAGAGAUUUGGCUCAUUAAAAAUAAUAUUAGUGAUGAUGGUGAUAAUGAUAAUGAUAAUUAUGAUGAUUCUGGUGACACAAAAGAUCCUUGUGAUUGGUAUUUUUUAAAUAUUGUUCUUGAUUGUACUAUUGGAGUAUAUAUUUUAUAUCAUGUAUUCAAAACCAUGAAUAAAAUAUGUCAAGAUUAUUGGCAUAUUACUCAAAUUGAAAGUGGUGAAUAUGGACCUAAUCCUAAUAAACCAUCAACAAAAGCUUUUUUAAAACAAUUAAUGGUUUAUUUUACAUCAUUAAUGAUUACAAAAAUUAUUUUAUAUGGAUUAGUUGAAUGUUUUGAAAAUCAAUUAUUAUGGUUCACAUCUCAUAUUUUAUUAAUUUGGUUGAAUGAAUAUCCUGAUGAAUUUGAAAUUUUCAUUGUUAUGUUUAUUGUUCCAAUAAUUAUGAAUUGUUUACAAUUAAUACUUAUUGAUAAUUUUAUUAGAAAUCAAAUGUGGAUUAAUAUUAAUAAACGAAUGAGAUUAGAAUUCCCAAAUUUUAGUGAUGAAACUGAAAGUGUUCAACAACAAGAUAUUAUUCAAGCACAAAGAGAAGAAGAAGAACAACAACAGAAACAGAAACUUCAGUUUAGUAACAAUACUAUUCAAGAUGGCAAUAAUUAUAGUAGCAGUAGUAGUAAUAGUGAUAGUUUACUUGGAGAAUCACAUAAUAAAAGCAAUUAUGGUACUUAUAAUGAUGUAUAG